AAUUUUGUAAGUAAGACAUUAUGGCUUGCAUUUGCAGUUCAAGGAAUCUUAAACAACUGGCAGUGCCUUGGUUGGCAGUGCCUUGGGAUUCAUCUACUACAGUUUUUUGUUGUUGUUGUUUGUUUUUUGUGUGUGUGUUUCUCAGAAAACUGGGUCUUCUAAUCAAACCGGAAAUCGUGAGAAAAAGAAAGGAGAGGAGAAAGGACCUAAUAGAAUAUGUGUUGACCCUAAAUUUGACAACAGCUUAAGCCCGGUGAACUCUUAUUUGCUGUUCUUGAUGCUGGGCUUCCUCCUCAGAAUAAAAUAGAAACAUCUUUCAGAGGCUGGAAGACUUAGAAAGAUCUAUUCCAUGUCCAUUACUACAACAUAAUCCAACUCCAUUCUCCUCCCCGUCUGCAGUACAUACAUCCAACCCCUUCCUGCCACAGACAUUCCCCUUGUUUAUUCUGCCUAGAUCAUUCUUCCCUCAGAGCUGUACAACGCUGACUCAUUGUCAUCAUUAUGUCUCAGUCUAUGUGCCAUCUCCUCAGAAAGAGACCAUCCCCAGCCUCCUUAGAUAAAAGGCGUCCCUUGGUUACUGUCUGUAUUAUUCCCAGUUCUUACCCUUGCUCUAGGUUGUGCCUUUUGGUCAAGAAGAAUCUAGGCCUCCCUCUAAGACCAACAGCUGUUAAUGUGGGAACCAGGGCUAGAAUUUUGGUUAAGUGAAAUUACUUCACCUGUUUUGGAUUCUGUAGAGGUUAUUGUUUGAGGAAAUUUUUUAAAAAAGGAAGGCACGUAGAAUGGUUUAAGAAGAAAGCAUGCAUUUGGAAUCAAUAUUUAUGUGUAGUCGUAAGAAGAGAAAAAAUAUGAAAACUUAAGGAAAAAUACAUUUUUCUUAAAGGGCCUCAAAAUAUUUUCCUUUUCUAUGCAAUGUCCUUUGAUCAAAACAAGCCAGUAGAUGAAGACAGCGCAGUUUCUGAUUCCCAACCACAACAUGACCUCCUAUAGAUAAACAACCCAGGCAAUCCAUGAGCAGUUUAAAAAUAGCUUGACAUGGUCAGAUUUGUGAUAAAUGCUAGAUGGGAAACAAACACUUCUUUAUUCAAGAAAUGCUUACUAUGGGCCAACAUGUGCUGUGUCUUGCUGAUAUUGAAUAUUAAUUACUGCCCUCCUGAAGCUUUUAGUUCAGAACAGUUAUAAGAAAAAGUCUCAUCCCAGAAGUCAGUUCAUGGGCAAAACAAGGCAAAUAUAUGUAACGUUACCAGAAAAAUCUAAAGUUGAUCUAAAGAUUGUACUACAUGAGCCAGAAUAAUUGAGCAUUUUAACACAGAAAAGCAUUUCAAAGAGCUCAAAGAUGAAGCCAAGGUUUGAUAUCUGGGUACCAGGUGAACGAUAGUGCCCCUGAUAGAAAAGAACAUACAGGGGAAAUUCAAGCUAAUAUCUAAGAAAAGAUACGGAGGUCUUUUCUAAGCAUCUUGAAUUUGGGUAAUGGCUGACAGCUGAGGGGAAAUGGACCAUGAAAUGGUCAUCCAAGCAGCCCUGGAUCAGGGGAGUUUUGGGGUUGUAGUUAGAACUUUUAAAAUGCAUAAUGUUAAGUAAGCAACAUAGGAUGGUAUCUGGAACUUAACAGGAGUCCAAAAUUGCUGUUAGAAUUAUUAGCAUAGAAUUUGGUUUUAAACAUUGACUAAAUUGAAUGGGCGAGCUGGGGGAGGCAUGGUGCCAGUUAAAUGACCAGGAGAGGCUGGACUGGGGACAGAAAAGUGUGCUUGACUGCACAGGAAAUCAGAGAUAAUAGCACGGACAAGUACAAGCCCAUGUAACUGGUAUUCGAAGAAUUACUGCUAAGGUUAAGUAAGAGUAAGUGCGUAACAGAAAGAGGACACUUCCCAUUGGUAGAGUGAGAAAAAUGAAACGAACGUAGUUGGAAAUGAUCUCUUCCCCCUCCUCACCCCUAUGACAGAACACCCAGUCAUCAGAUUAAAACGAGCACCAGAGCAGGGGAAAACAAAGCGUGCUCAACUCCAGGGACUGCACCGUGCUCUAAAGAAAAGACCAGAUCCCCUUCCUUCCUUUUUUCCUUCCUUCCACACCUUGCAAGGGUCCUCUGCCCCGCCCUGCGAGUAAAUCAUACACUUUGGAAGUUUUGCAUUAGAGAGCCCAGCUGGAGAGAAAAUUGUCUGCAAGAAAAAAAAAAAAAAAAAAAAAUAGAACUAGGGCAGUCCGAGGAGAUUGAAAGGGCAAAACUAUCAAGCAAGAAAACUGUAAGUUCUGAUUAGUUUUAUGACUUUGCCUUCAUGCCUCAGGAGCUCAAUUGAUCACGGCUUUCACGACAGGCUAAGGUACUUAUUACACCAUUCUUUGGCGAAGGCUAUUCAGCAGUGGUGACCUCUUCCAAUCCAACACUCUACAAAUUAUUAUCUCUGGACUCCCAGCUGACACCCUGCCGGAAGCAAGAGCUACUAAGCCAACUGGAACUGUGCCUUUUCUCUUGUCAAGGUUUUUUUCUUACACAGGAAAAAGAAAGAAAAAAAAAAGAUGAAGUUGGGCAAAGUGGAGUUCUGCCAUUUUCUGCAGCUAAUAGCUCUUUUCCUGUGUUUUUCUGGGAUGAGUCAAGCGGAACUCACAAGGUCCAGAUCAAAGCCCUAUUUCCAAUCAGGGAGGUCCCGGACCAAGCGCAGCUGGGUGUGGAAUCAGUUCUUUGUGCUGGAGGAAUACAUGGGUUCAGACCCCCUCUAUGUAGGAAAGCUUCACUCUGAUGUUGAUAAAGGAGAUGGUUCCAUCAAAUACAUCUUGUCAGGCGAAGGGGCAAGUUCCAUUUUCAUUAUUGAUGAGAACACUGGGGAUAUUCAUGCCACCAAGAGACUGGAUCGCGAGGAGCAGGCCUACUACACGCUCCGAGCUCAAGCUCUGGACAGGCUCACCAACAAACCCGUGGAGCCCGAGUCGGAGUUUGUCAUCAAAAUUCAGGAUAUCAACGACAACGAACCCAAAUUUUUGGAUGGCCCAUACACGGCAGGAGUUCCAGAAAUGUCUCCUGUGGGGACCUCAGUGGUACAAGUGACAGCGACAGAUGCUGAUGAUCCUACGUAUGGCAACAGUGCCAGAGUGGUCUACAGUAUUCUGCAAGGACAGCCAUACUUCUCAGUGGAGCCAAAGACAGGAGUCAUCAAGACUGCCCUUCCAAACAUGGAUAGAGAGGCUAAAGACCAGUAUUUGCUUGUUAUUCAGGCAAAGGAUAUGGUUGGUCAAAAUGGAGGACUGUCAGGAACUACAUCAGUCACUGUGACCCUAACGGACGUCAACGAUAACCCACCUCGCUUUCCUCGAAGGUCUUAUCAAUAUAACGUCCCAGAGUCAUUACCUGUAGCCUCAGUUGUGGCCAGAAUUAAAGCUGCCGAUGCAGAUAUUGGAGCUAAUGCUGAAAUGGAGUACAGAAUUGUGGAUGGUGAUGGAUUGGGCAUUUUUAAGAUUUCUGUUGACAAAGAAACACAGGAAGGAAUCAUUACUAUACAGAAGGAACUGGAUUUUGAAGCCAAAACAAGUUACACACUACGGAUAGAAGCUGCAAAUAAAGAUGCCGACCCCCGCUUUCUAAGCUUGGGUCCAUUCAGCGACACAACAACCGUGAAGAUAAUUGUGGAAGAUGUGGAUGAGCCCCCUGUGUUCUCUUCACCCUUGUACCCUAUGGAGGUGUCAGAAGCUACCCAGGUUGGGAAUAUCAUUGGCACUGUAGCAGCUCAUGACCCAGAUUCUUCCAAUAGCCCUGUGAGGUACUCAAUUGACAGAAACACAGACUUGGAGAGAUACUUCAAUAUUGAUGCCAACAGUGGGGUCAUCACAACUGCCAAGUCUUUGGAUCGAGAGACAAAUGCUGUUCACAAUAUCACAGUACUUGCAAUGGAGAGCCAGAAUCCAUCUCAAGUAGGAAGAGGCUAUGUGGCCAUCACUAUUCUUGACAUCAAUGAUAACGCCCCUGAAUUUGCCAUGGACUAUGAGACCACCGUCUGUGAAAAUGCCCAGCCAGGGCAGGUUAUCCAGAAAAUCAGUGCUGUGGAUAAAGAUGAGCCAUCCAAUGGACAUCAGUUUUACUUCAGCUUAACAACGGAUGCAACAAAUAACCACAACUUUUCAUUGAAAGAUAACAAAGACAAUACAGCCUCAAUAUUGACCAGGAGAAAUGGCUUCCGGAGACAGGAACAAUCGGUUUACUAUCUGCCAAUUUUCAUUGUGGACAGUGGAUCUCCUUCACUUAGCAGCACCAACACCCUCACCAUCCGCGUGUGUGACUGUGAUGCCGACGGCGUAGCCCAGACCUGCAAUGCAGAGGCCUAUGUCUUACCUGCUGGCCUCAGUACAGGAGCCCUGAUAGCAAUACUCGCCUGUGUCUUGACAUUAUUGGUGUUGAUCCUCCUCAUCGUCACCAUGAGAAGACGGAAAAAAGAGCCCCUUAUUUUUGACGAAGAAAGAGACAUCAGAGAAAAUAUUGUGAGAUACGAUGACGAGGGCGGGGGAGAGGAGGACACGGAAGCCUUUGACAUGGCUGCACUGAGAAACCUCAACGUCAUCCGAGACACCAAGACCCGGAGGGAUGUGACUCCAGAAAUUCAGUUCCUGAGUCGACCAGCUUUUAAAAGCAUCCCAGAUAAUGUCAUCUUUAGGGAAUUUAUUUGGGAAAGAUUAAAAGAAGCCGAUGUUGAUCCUGGUGCUCCUCCUUAUGACUCCCUGCAGACAUAUGCUUUCGAAGGAAAUGGCUCAGUUGCUGAGUCACUCAGCUCUUUAGAUUCCAUCAGCUCAAACUCUGAUCAGAACUAUGACUACCUAAGUGACUGGGGACCUCGCUUUAAGCGACUCGCGGACAUGUAUGGGACUGGCCAAGAGAGUUUGUACUCAUAGCCUUGGAACCUUAAUUUGAAAUGUACUGAAGAAAAAGUAACAGCAAAAAAUAAAAUGAAAUGAAAUAAAAUAAACCACUACAUACAGAAAACAAGAACUCCACUUGCUGGAGAGAGAUGGUUGUAAAUAUUUCUCCAUUUUUAAUUGUUUAGGUUUCUGCCUUGGUGAGGCAUAUCUUCAUUAGACUUAUCUAAGGGACUGCACUGACCACAGACUCUGAGCGUUUGAAGGUUUUUUGAUAAAAAGAAAUGCUCAGUGGUUUGUGAAUAGAUAGCAACUCUCAUCUACCUGCAAAGGCACCAAACCUCUAUGAGAAAGUAGUGCCCUGUGUUGUCAGUGAGUCAAAGAUGCCCUGUACAUACCUUCAUGGUACUGUCGUUGAGAGGAAGAGAACAUGAUGAGCUAUUGAAAAACCCUGGAACUUCUUGCAUAUCAAAACUUGGGACAAAUUUAAUUUACAGAGAUGCUUAGAGCUUACUAUAUUAUUGAAUCCAACAGAAUUAUGUUGCUCUUGACUAACAGAAAUAUUUUAUUUAGCAAUAUAUAAAUUCUCAGAAAUUCCUUCCUAACUGAAAACCCUGCCACAAAAGCCAGUAAAAUUUAGUUUAAGGCAAUAUAAACCAUUGUUUAUCCAAUAAAUUAUGAAGUGUUCCAAAUAAGAAAAAGGUAAAUAAUUUUUAAAGUUUGUGAUAGUUUUGAGAUGCUUGUGUAGGUAUGAUAAAAAAAAAAGUUGCUGUCUAUUCAUUGAUUUUUAUUCUCUCUUCUGAUUCGUACAGGAGAAUAUCUUUUCUUUUUUAUUUGACACAUGGUGUUGUAUUUAUUUUGGAGCUCCAAUCUCCACUAAAUUCAGGUCCAUCAUACUGCCUCAUAGUAUUAAACUCAUCAGAACAUGCUGAUUUUUCUCCAGCCCGAGCUACAUGAAGGAAAUGAAGCAUGGAAAUGGAGAAAUAAUAGUAAAGCAAUUGAGCCCUGUUGCAGUUCACAUCUCAAGGAGGAGCACAGCUACAAGGACAUAUAAAUUGUUCUUCUGAGCCAUUAGAAUGUCAAAACAUUGGAAUAAAAUAUUUGUAUUUUAGAAAGACUUCAGAGCGAAUUGAGAUUUUCUUUGAUGCAAGAAUUAUUUUUCAAGGUCAUGAGUUCUACAUGCUCCAAAGACUUUCAAGAACCCAACCUUUCUUGCUGCAAACAUAUUGAGUAAAAUACUGAUUUCUUAAAAAUCUUAAACAAUAUAAUGUUAUAAAGAUUAAAAUCCAUCUUCAAAUUCUGAUGCAAAUAUGUCCCUCAAUAAUUAACCAAGCAAUGUAUGAUUUCUAUGUGGUUUAGAUUUGUCAAAGGAAGGAAGGCAAUUGCAAGUCAUCAUGUGUUUAAGUCUGAGAUGAGCUUCUUAGAGUAUGACUUUCAUGACCAAAAUGAUAUUUCUACCUAUUAUUUUUCCUAGGUUAAUACUAGUCUAAUGUGCAUAUAUAUUCAAGUAAGAAUGGAUUUAUUUUUUUCCUUCCUUUCUCUUUUGAAAAUAAUUCAUUGUUGGGUUCCUAAUACAUUUACAGAUAGUAAACAUUGUAUAGAGAAUCAUGUUCUAAAAGUGCUUUUUGAAAGGCAGACAGUGAAAUUAGAAUAUUAAUAUGUUAAUUACACAAAGAAGAACUACGUAGGAUUCUGUAAACUUGCAGCCCAACUUUAGAAAUGAAGUAUGUAAAAGUGAUCUUCAGCUUCAUAAAAAUAGAUAAUCCAAUAAAUUUGAUUACCUGCACACAGUUCUUUAAUUUGAAUAAAGUUUUGUAAACAUUGUUUUAUAACUAUAUAGAUAUGCUUCUUGCUGUAUUAAUAUGCAUAUUUAAAAAAUUUUAAGAGUGAAAUAUACUGUUCAUAACUUUUAAUCACACAUGCAAGUUUUUCAAAUUAAGAAAAAAAAAAAACAGUGUAUUUGACCAGUUUAAUAAAAUCAGAAUGUGGUGCAGGAAUUACAUAGAUGUUAAAUCAGCAAGGUGCUGAGAAUACAGUUUGUAAUAAUCCCGUUGUUGUCUGCAAGAAGAUGAAAUAGUUUAGUACAUUUGGAUUAUGGUGUCAAAACUGCUGAUUGUUGCACAUAUCACUAAACAGAAGUAUGGAUGUAUUUUAGAAAAGGAACACAUAUCAUUCACCCUUCUUUUUCUGCUUUUAAUAUGUGUGUUUUUUCUCAUUAAUUUUUUCAAAUGUUUACUAGUGAUAGAUUGGAAAAAGGUUCACAUUUAAAUAAUAAUUUAAAAUUAUUGCAUAUACCCAAUUGCUAUUUAUAUGCAGAUGAUUAUAUCAGUGCAGUAUUAAAUUUGAUUCAGUGUCUUUUUUUAAUUUAAAAAAAUUUCUUAAGAUGGCUGGAAGAAUGUUCCUAAAAUAGGUAGUAUUUACAUGAAGUCGUCUAAGCUUAAUUGUAAGAGUAGUAAAUGUUCUGCUGUUGCUUAUUUUAGUUUUCUUUUUUAUUCUGAAAACUAAUGCUAUAUAUGAUGACUGACAAUACUUGAGAUAUAUGCUUUGUUUCAAAAACAGAGAUUGAAGAGUUGAUUGAUAAAAUUAAUAUUAAAUCUAUUCGGAAAAUUCUCCAAAAAUCAUUUAAAUAAAUAUAUAUUAUCAAGUUGCUUAAAUUCAGUGUUAUACUGAAAUCAACUAGAAUGAGCUCACAAGAACUAAUUAUGCAUAUCUCUUCCCAACUCCAGGUACAGUGAUAUCAUUUUGGUAUGUUGAUGUCAGCCUUGGUGGGAUUAUUUCGACCACAACAGUAAUUAGCAAACACUACCCUUUUCUCUAGAGAACAAGUUGUUAAACAUUUACCAGCACUCUACUGCUUAAAUUAUUUUAUAAAAGGACAUGUGAUAAUUGUAAAUAUGUUAUGAAUUUAUAUGAUUAAAAUAAUGACAUGAAAGGAAUUUAUGCUAUAUUUUACUACUAAAUAUCAAUGCAUAUGGUAGUGAUUUCCUGACGUGAAAUCCUUGGAGCUACUUGUAGACAGGGAGAGGAUUCACUUCUUUAUGGAAAACAAUGGCUAAAUUUUAAGUAGAGAUAAUAGUUCAGGAAGUCAAUAUAUUUAAAUAUUUUCUGCUUGUCCAGAUAGGAGCAUCAAUAGAAACUCAGGGUGUGCCAAAUUAUGCCCAUUUUGAACAUUUUAAUUUAUUGAAAAAUCAGAUGCAUUUUACUUGUUACUGUCUAUGUCAAGGAAAUACACUCAAGCCCUUAAUCUGAAUUGUCACCAUUGCAUUAUUUAAAAUCAACAUAAAAAUAUAAAAAUCAAAUCAUAAGAAAAUGGAUUUCUGGAGGUCAAACCUAAAUUAUCAAUCUCAAUUCACAAAUUAGUCUCUCAAAGAAAUAUUCCUAGAUCAGUCAGCUAAAGGAACAGAAUCAAGAAAAAAUUAGGUAGUAAUUUACAGGCAAUAAGUAGAUUUUUCUACAAGCAAUCACCAGAUCGGGGAUCUGGUAAAUAUCUUGAUUUGCCAGGAAGCUUCGCUUAUGACUACAAUUGAGAUUAGUUGUCUACAAGAUACAUGCAGGAGGUAGUAGUAGUUAAGUGAUGGUAGCUGCCUUUUCACUCUGCCCUCUGAGGAUGUUUUAAAUUAUUUUAUCUUGAUGCACAAUUACAUUUACUACAUUGGAUGAUAAACAGACAUAGGCAAUUAUUUUCAUGUCAACGGCACAGUUACACAAUGUAGGAAUGAUAUUUGUGAUAUGACCCAUAUGCCCAAGAAAUGCAAAUGCAAAUAGUGUUAGCAUUUAUAUUGAAAUAUAAAAUCUAAAGGAGCUUAAAAUAAACUAAGCUAAACACACUGCAAGAAGCUAAAUGAUUUAGUUUAAAUAUGUUAAAGUUUUAAAGCACUAGCUGUAAAUAUUAAUCUUCCGAUUUUCAAUUUAACAUAUAUUCACUUACAAACUGUUCUAAUAAUAACCCUAAUUAUUUUCCAAGUCACCAUUUAAAGUUUUAUUUACAGUUGACCUAAUCAAAUUAAAGUUGAUGAAAGCUUCAACUUACUUUUUAACUCUUUCUGGUCAACGAUGCCUGGAGGCAGGUGAAAUAUAUAUGACAACUAAUAGAUAAACCAAUUUAUUUUAUGUUAGUGUAUGUUUAUUUUUAAAUUACGAAUAAUGUAUAUUGUGUGUAUAUAUGAUGGUGUAUCAAAGUUGGCAAUGAAAGGUAAUACAAUCGUGUUAGUUGGCUGGAUAUAAUAAAGAACAAGAAAGGA